AUGUCUCUCGGUCUGUCUAUCCAUCUAUUCAUUGCUUUCUUCACUUCAAUAUGUUUCAAUCGCCUUGUACAUUUUUUUUUAUGUGUAGACUUUUUCAUUUGUGACUUUCGCCCGAAAACAACCAUUUUUCAACUCGUAUACAUUUUUCCUUUGUCGUUUUCCCGUCUUUGUUCAUUUUUCUUUCUUUCUUUCUUUCUUUCUUUCUUUCUUUCUUUCUUUCUUUCUUUCCUUUUGCUCCCCCUUUCUUAUUGUCUAUCUUUCUUACAUUUCUGUCUAGCUCUCCUCUCUGUCAUUUCUUUUCUUUUUCUUUCUUUCUUUUUAUUUUCUUUGUCUUUCUUUUUCUAUAACUUUUUUGCUUUCUUGCUUUCUUGCUUUUCUUUCCUUCUUAUGUCUUUCAUCUUCUGUCUUUCUUUCUUUCCUACGUUUUUUUCUCUAUCAUCUAAUUUCUUUCUUUUUUUUCGUUCCUUUUUUCCGUUCCCUUUCGUCCCGUCUUUUUUAUUCCUUUCUUUUUUUCUGUUUUUCUUUCUUUUUUUUUAUCUUUCUAUAUUUCUUUUUAUCUGCGCCGUCUCUCAUUUUUUUUCCUUCCUUCUUCUUUCAUUCUUUUUUUUUCGUUGUCUUUCUAUUUUUAUUUUCUUUCUUUAUGUUUUUCUUCUUUUGUUUUUUCUUUCUUUCAUUAAUUCGUUCUUUCCUUCUAACGUUAUUCGCUAUCUCUUUCUUUCUUUUUUCUUGCUUCUUUUCCUUUUUUUAUUUCAUUUGGCCCCUCUUAUGUUUUUCUUCUUUAUUUCUUCUUUCUAUCUUUCUUACGCUUUUACUCUGUCACUUCUUUCUUUCUUUCUUUCUUUCUUUCUUUCUUUCUUUCUUUUUUUCUUUCUUUCUUUUCCGUUCCCUUUCUUCAUGUCCUUUUUAUUCCUGUUUUUCUUUCUUUUUCUGUCUUUUCUUUAUGUUUGUCUAUCUGCCCCAUCCGUCAUUUUUUCUUUCUUUCUUUCUUUCUUUCUUUCUUUCUUUCUUUCUUUCUUUCUUUCUUUCUUUCUUUUCCGUUCCCUUUCUUCAUGUCCUUUAUUCCUGUUUUUCUUUCUUUUCUGUCUUUCUUACAUGUUUGUCUAUCUGCCCCAUCCGUCAUUUUUUCUUUCUUUCUUUCUUUCUUUCUUUCUUUCUUUCUUUCUUUCUUUUUUCUUUCUUUCUUUCUUUCUUUUCCGUUCCCUUUCUUCAUGUCCUUUAUUCCUUUAUUCCUGUUUUUCUUUCUUUUCUGUCUUUCUUACAUGUUUGUCUAUCUGCACCAUCCGUCAUUUUUUCUUUCUUUCUUUCUUUCUUUUUCUUUCUUACCUUUUCCUUCUUUGUUAUAGUUUUUCCUUUCAUUUUUCUAGUCUCUCUCUUCUUUCUUUCUUUCUUUCUUUCUUUCUUUCUUUCUUUCUUUCUUACCUUUUCCUUCUUUGUUAUAGUUUUUCCUUUCAUUUUUCUAGUCUCUCUCUUCUUUUCUUUCUUUCUUUCUUUCUUUCUUUCUUUCUUAUGAUUUCCUCUAUCACUUUCUUUCUUUGA